AUGGAGGCAGAGGCAGAGGAGUUGGAGAUAGAAUCACCGGAUGAACGACAUGGUGAGCAAAAUGGCAGGGCUAAACAUGUAAUGCUAAGUCGUGCACAGAUAUUAGAGAUGGAGUUCGCUAACUCGGAUGAGGCGUGUCGUUUCUAUGAGCAAUACAGUCGAGCAAAGGGUUUUGCCAUGCGACAAGGGAAGAAAAUGAAGAAUAGGAAGGGUGAAAUUGUUCGCUACACGUACCUGUGCAAUAGAGAAGGAUUUAGACAUAGAAAAUGGCUUCAGAUGCAAGAUCGAAAGAGGGAGCACAAGGUUGUAACCCGCUGCGGGUGUCAGGCUGAGAUGAGGAUAAAGCGGAAAGCCGAUAGCACCAGUUGGUAUGUGUGUCGUUUUGUGGAUGAGCAUAACCACGACCUUCUUCCAGCAAAGUUUGUGUCAUACCUACCAGCUUACAGGAAAAUAUCAGAUGUUGAUGUAGCCCACAUCGAAAGUUUGAGGCAAGUUGGGAUCUCAAUUCCAAAAAUUUAUGAGUCUAUUGCUGCCCAGGCGGGGGGGUUUAACCUAGUUUCAUUCACGAAGAGAGAUAUGUAUAAUGUGGUUAGGCGGCAACGUGCAAUGCACUGCGGCGAUGUGAAUGCCGCAUUACGGUAUUUCAAUUCUUGUGCAAGGGCAGAUGAGAACAUGUAUUGGCAAUACCAGGUUGGGGAUGAGCAACAAAUGUGUGAUCUGUUUUGGAGUAACGGCUGUAGUCAACAUGAUUACAAAAUAUUUGGUGAUGUUUUGGCAUUUGAUGCGACGUAUGGGCGGAACAAGUACAAUCUGCCGGUGAUUGUGUUUUCCGGGGUGAACCACCACAACCAAACAUGUGUCUUCGGCGUAGCCAUGGUGUCUUCUGAAACACAAGCGGCAUAUGUGUGGGUGUUGGGAAGGUUUUUGGAGUGCAUGGGAGGGAAGGCUCCUAAGGCAGUUAUUACUGAUGGGGAUAGAGCAAUGCGGCUUGCCAUUCAGGAAGUGUUUCCAGAGGCUCAUCACAGGCUUUGUGCAUGGCACCUACUAAAAAAUGCAACUGUGAAUGUGUGUAAGCCUCGCUUCACAACUCUGCUUAGAAAUUGCAUGCUAGCUGAUGUUGAGGUUGAGGAGUUUGAGAGGCAAUGGGAUGCAAUGAUGGAUGAAUGUGGGGUGUGGGAAGUAGAGUGGGUAAAGGAUUUAUAUGCUAAGAAGAUGUCAUGGGCAACGGCGUACAUACGUGGAUGCUUUUAUGCUGGGCUGAGGACAACAUCUCGGUGUGAGUCACUGCAUGCAAAAAUGGGGAGGUUUGUGGAAAAGCGAUACGGAAUCUUGGAGUUUGUGACGAACUUCCAACGGUGUGUUGAUUUCCUAAGGAAUAAUGAGGAGGAGCUUGACUUUAGGUCGUUGUAUGGGAGGCCCGUGCUCCAAACUCAGUUUCCAGAGCUAGAGAAGUCUGGUGCAUUGAACUACACAAAGGAAAUAUUUGUGCGUUUUAGAGAUGCCCUGAAGAGAAGCGUGCGGAUUACUAUUGUAGAGUGCAACAAAUUGGAAGAUCGGACGGUUUAUGUGACACAGAAGUAUCGUAGGCCACAAUUUCGGUGGACUGUUGCCCACCAUUUUCGAGAGGAUUCCUUUUUUUGUAGUUGCAUGAGAUUUGAGUCGUUCGGACUACCUUGUGUGCACAUACUUGCGGUGUUGGUACAGUUGGACAUAGAUUGUCUUCCAAAAAGCAUAGUGUUGAAACGCUGGUCAAAGACUGCAAAAGUUGAGCUGGAGGGGUCUUCCCUCAUGAACGAAGAGGGGGAUGCGAAUGCAGUAUACAAGGUGCGAGUGGGUGCUUUCCUGCAGCAUUGUAAACGGCUGGCAAGAGUUGCGUGUAUGCGAGAGAAUGAUUUCAAGAGUUCUUUGGAGAAGAUAGUUGAAGAGACCAUUUUCUUGGAAAUGAAGAAUGGUGUUGGGACUGCCGGCAGGUGUAGCGUUGGUGGUGCAGAAGAAGGAGUGCGCGAUCCCGUGACGGUUCGGAGUAAGGGAACCGGGCGUGGACAAGAGCCUUUUGGGUGUCGGGGAAGAAAGCGGCGCAAGUGCAGCACCUGUGGUGUAGUUGGUCAUCGCCGAACUCGUUGCCCGAGCGGUCCAGCAAGUCAGCCAACAUGUAGCCAAGACCCGACAGAAGAUAUUGUACCCCAUAGUGAAUCACAGAGCCAUGCCCCGGUGGGCGGUGAUGAAGACCAAAGCCAAAGAGGUAGCAAGACCGUGCGUGUGAUUGCAAGCCCGUUGAUCGAUAACUAA